AUGGCUACUGGUAAAUCUCCGGGCCUUGAUGGACUUCCAGAUGAGUUCUAUCAACGUUUUUGUUCGCUUCUCGGAACUUAUUUUGUCGAUGUCAUUAAUUUUGCUUAUAAUCAUGGACAAUUUUUCCCCUCGCAGCGAUCUGGGGUUAUCACGCUCAUCCAUAAGCGUGGGGAUCGUCUUGAUAUGAAGAAUUGGCCCCCCAUUACAUUAUUAUGCGCGGACUAUAAAAUUGUUGCCAAAGCUAUUGCCAAUCGUUUGUUGGGUGUUAUUGCCAAGGUAACUCAUUCGGAUCAAACUUGUGGGGUGGCGGACCGGAAUUCGUUAGAAAGUGUUCGUUUGCUGAAGGAUGUGGUUUUUCAUGCCAAUCAGAAUCGUAAAGCAGCUGCAAUUAUUUCGCUGGACCAGGAGAACGCGUAUGAUCGGGUAGAAUGGGGGUACUUAUCCCGUGUAUUGCAGACUAUGAAUUUUGGUCAAUCCUUCCAGAAAUGGGUACUUUUAUUAUAUUCAAAUAUAUGUUCCUAUAUCCUGAUCAAUGGUGAAACAACUGAGUUUUUCUCUGUCUCUCCGGGUGUUCGUCAAGGCUAUCCCUUAUCCCCUUUACUCUACGUAUUGGUGGCGGAAACAUUAGCUAGUGCAAUUCGUGCGGAUCGUUUCAUCGAUAGUUAUAUCUUACCAAAUGGCCGGUCUGUUAAGCUAUGUCAAUACGCUGAUGAUACAUCUGCUAUCGUAACUACGGACUUGGCAUUGAAUGCUCUGUUCCGUCACUUCCAUUUGUUCACAAGAUACGAGAAGGCGUCUGGGGCUAAAUUAAAUGUAACAAAAUGUCAUGGGUUGUUGAUUGAUACAUGGCAAUCUCGUUCCAAUCUACCAAUUGCUCUGAAUUGGUCCAAUGUGGAAAUCAUUGUUCUGGGUUCUCGUAUCUCUAAUGAUAAUGAAGAACAAUGGGAGUCAAGGAUCAAGGCCUCGAAGACUACUUUGUCAGCUUGGAACCGGAAAGCGCUUUCCUUUCGCGGACGCGCUCUCAUUGCCAAUAUGCUGGGGCUGAUUACUCUCUGGUAUCUAUGUUCGUUUUCUGUAAUACCUGAAGCAAUCAUUAAAGCUGUCAAUGGGGAGAUUUUUCCGUUUGUAUGGCGGAAGAAACGAGAGUGGCUGGCUCGCUCCUCAGUCACACAACGACCUAAUCAAGGGGGUUUAGGUGUGGUGGAUGUCCAUCGUAAGAUGUUAUCUCUGCAUGUUUUAUGGGUAAAGAGGCUUAUUUUUCGUUCCAACUUGCCGUGGACUAGUUUCUUUUCUCAGUAUCUCAUUCGCGCAUUCCCUGGUCGCUCUGUUCACCAAAUUUUGAUUUUGGCGGUACCACCGAAAUAUUCUAUGGACGCUUUCCCUCCGCUUUAUCGAUCUGUGAUGACGGCUUGGUUUGCUCUGGAACGGAGGUUUGUGGACAAUGAAUACGUCAUUUGCGGUCCUCGGUGGUCAUGCUUGAACAGCUCUCGGCAAGUUUCGUCUAUGACACCCUGUCUCACCAACAUCGUAAGCAACAUCGAUGCGUCGAAAAGUAUGCGAAUUGGGGUCUUCCAGUCGAUUGGUCAAAUAUUUGGUUGUCCAUUCUUCUCUGGCGUUUCAUAA